AUGAAGUUGACCACAUUCACCUCGCGGGCCUCACCAUCAUACCGCUUCCUACGACGAGUAUGGCCCAAAGUGUCCCGCAAAGCAACAACAUGGCUCAUGCCCAUCGAGCUCAUCGGCCUGGUGCCGCUUCUCGUCAUCUUUGGCAUCUCCCAGCCAGACAUGUACAGAUCAGACAUGUGGCGGAUUGGCUUCGAGAAUAAGCUCAACUCCAACCCCAACAUGAUUCUGUACGCCUACGCCAACUACAAACCACUGCCCAAGGUGCCGUUCAUCUGGUCGCAAACCCUUACCGAUUUUAACGUGGCCAUUUCCGUCAUUUCUCUCUUCUUCCUGCUUUCCAAGCUGAUUUCUCACAUCAUGAAGCUUUGGUACCCCAUCAUCGCAGUCGGCAUCAAUUUUGCCCUUGUUGCACUCUUUGCCGUCAGCACAUACGGGCAAGUUGGGCCGGAUUAUGCCGACGAGCGAUAUCCCGCCCCGGCAGCGUGGUAUUUCCGAAAGGGUUGUGAGCUUGCACGCAAGUACGGCAGGUAUAGAGCCUGCCAGAUUGCGCAGGCGUCGCUGUUUAUUACUCUGUAUAUGCUCGUGGUUUAUGUGCUGAACUUGGGUUUUGCCUUGUACGCCAUGUGGCCUAACCCGUUGAAUGAUAUCGAUGUGGAUGAGGAUGACAGAGACUCGACCAAUUCGGAUCCCAAGGAGCGAGGUACUUGGGAGAUGCAGAGUAUGAAGUCGCCUGUGUCGGUGCGUGAGUCGCCGUUUACGCCAAGGACACAGGCUUUCCGAACUCUGGACAGGCAGUUACCGUUACGACAGCACCAAGGUCAGCGAUUUGGCUGA